UCUGGUUGUAGUAUACGGAUUUGGUCGCAAACUCCGUGCCGCGGUUGUUAUCUCCCUGUGUUCUGCUGGCAAGGCUAUCACCACUAGAAAGAAGCCUGCUUAAAGAGUCUGGUGCUGGGCAGCAUCCCCCCGAACCAACCUGUCUGCCUGCCAUCCGACACUGUUGUACGGCUUCCGCUUCCAUCCAUCAAUGGGGAUCAUCAGUGCGCAACGAGGUUUCCCCGCGAGAGGACGAACCUCUUGAAUCCGAGUUUAAAGGAGUUUUGAAUAGUCGCAGUGUGCCUGAGUGGUUUAAUUUCUUAACGAUAAACAAAAAAAAUAUUACAAAACCGAGAAUUUGGCCAGUUACUGAGAAGCGUGAUCAUGUCAAUGUCAGGAAUGUACGUGGAUGACGAGUUAUAGUAACAGUUUGAAAACAAAAGUGCUAAAAUAAGCGUGAAAUAGAUUUACCAGAAGCCGGUGAGGAAAUCUGAUAGUGUGUCGUUGUCGUUAGUGCCAUUGUGAUGAUGAUGAUGAUGCUGAUGCGGGUUGUGUUUGUUUACGGUGGAAGUUUAGCGCCUGGGAGGAGUGGAGAAGAGGAAAAAGCAGUUUGGCAGUUGCAGUGUGCAGUGGCAGUGCAGUGAGUCGAAGCAGGCUGCUGCGAAACGUGUGCACCAAGGAAAGAAAUAAAAGCUUCAAGACGUAAGUUGAUAAAAUUCCCAUAAAAAUAAAAGUUGUGGCAUCAUAGUUUUGGUGAGAAAAGUGCAAAAAAGUGGAAGGGGAAGGGAAAUUUAUUGCUCUAGUUGUUACAUGUUACGUGGAAAACUGCCGAUCGCAGAUGGCGCUGCGGCCGAAAAUCUAGAAGUGAAACAAAAUUAUAUCAACUACUGUACUAGCGGGCGUGGGCUGUGUUGUAAAUCGGUCCGAAAUCGGAGACUCUCCAUUGCCAAGUGUGGAACCUUAAGCUGGAAACCAGAUCUGCUCACAGAUUGCCGCCGCCGCCGCCGCCGUCACAACCGGAUCGAGAGGAGUUGCCAACCAUGAAAGACCCGGAAUGAUGUGCCAUCGGGCCAGAGGCAUUAUCCCAGCUAGUCGUCGGUGAAGCGGAAAAAGGAAAGCAAGAAAAGGCUCCCCCGAGCAGCGAGCAGCAAAUCACAAUCCUAUCAGCACGGCACGCUAAAAAACGCCUACAACAUUCCGAGUGAGCUUCAACGGUGUAUAGUGUAGCACGUUACCGGAAGUGUGAAAGCGUGCGCUGCUUUCAACGGCGUGGAACAAAAGCUCUCGCGCCGCCGGAAGACAACAUUUUAAAGCUGAACAGCAAGUCGGAGGGGGAAGAAGGAAGUUGGAAUAACUGACUGGAAGUAGCAGGCUCUGCCUUUGUUGUUGGAGAGUUUCUCGCCGUCUGUCAAGGAUUGCUUUUCCGCCCCCUCUGCCUGGUGGCCGCCUGCUUCGGUUUUGUUUGCGUGGUGAAAGGCUGAAGAAGUAGUAGAAUAAUAAGAAGAAGAAGCAGAAAAAUAAGUGAACGACGUUGUGUGACAUACGUAUACGAUUGUGGGUGUGUUCCGUGGAAGUACCCAGCUGCUUUCCGAUGCCUUCAGGGUUGACCAGAAAUAGAAAAGUGCAAUCUCGGAUCAAACAGAAAUAUUGAAAAGAUACUCGAACAAGGGAGGUGGUGAACGUGAAGUGAAGACGACCCACACUCACAGAAACACAACAAGUCACCCAUCGCAAUCGCAUCAAGUCGAAAUGUGAAGAAAGGCAAGUUGAAAAUCGAAAAGCACUUUCCACGGGAGAGAGGCAGAAGAAAGUGCAAGAAAAACCGGAAGGCGCCCAUUUCUCGUUCAAUAGCAAGCAAUUUCCAGACCAUUAGUGGGGGCAUUUGUGACAGGCAACGGCCAUUGAAGUUUCUGUGAAAAAAAAGGAGAAGGUUUGCUGCUGCGUUGUAUUGUGUUUGUGGUGAGAGCGAGUCUAAAGAAAGGAAAUCAAGUGGAACUAAGCAGAAAUCAAGUUGCAUUAGUUUUGAACACGUCGUUUCGUGGAGGCAAAGGAAGAAGAGUUGGUCUCCUUGAUCCGUUUAUAGCUGGUGUGAGGUGUGUCUGUGUGGUGAGUGGGUUGUAGUGUUGUUGUGUUCCCGGAGGGGGGAGGUGUUGGGUUCCUGGGUGUGCAGUGCUGGUCGUGGGUUGAAUGGCUACCGCCGGACGACAACGUCAACAACGUCAACGUGCAACGUGGUGGCUUAGCAGGAAGAGGAAAAGUGCCGUCAGUGUCAGUGCAAGUGGUAACCGGGAAAACCGGGCCUCGUCAUCGUCAUCGUCGUCGUCGUCGGAAUCGUUGGCCGUUGGCGUGUUACGUGGACCGCAAAAUGGCUAGAUUCUGCCCGCACUGGUCCGAGCUGAGAUUUGUUAGAGCAAGUGCAAAUACUACUACUACUACCGUCGCAGUCGUCGUCGUCGCUGCCGUUGUCGGCACGAAAUCUACAAUCAGAAGAAAGAGAUACAGAGUGGCUUCCGGGGAAGAGCAGCCAACGGCAAGUUCGGGACGAAGCAAGAAAGUCAAGAAGCUGCUGUCUCUCUGCCAGAGGGUUGGAGAUGAUCACCAGCCUCUAGUGGUUGGCCGUCGCAGUUGUCUACUGAGAAGCCGAAUCGUCGGCAACAGCAAUCUGCGAAGCAGUUCAACAUUCCACCGCCCGUUGCCGCCGAGCAACUUCCGGCAUCAAACAACUAGCUGUAGUCUUCGUCGUCGUCACCAGCAGCUGUCGCCGCCGAGUAGUCGAGAUGAAUGCGAGCGAGUGCAACAGUAUGAUUGCCUCGGUCGAGUGGUCCGAUCCGAAGAAGAUCCUGCUGCUGGCCAUACUCAUCUUCAUCGACGUGCUGGUCAUCGUCGGCAAUACGCUCGUGGUGGCCGCCGUCACCAGCUCGCAUAAGCUUAGGAGUGUUACCAAUUUUUUCAUCGUUAGUCUAGCCGUUGCCGAUUUGUUAGUUGGAUUAGCUGUAUUGCCGUUUUCGGCCACCUGGGAGGUGUUUAAGGUAUGGAUCUUCGGUGACGUGUGGUGCCGAGUAUGGCUGGCCGUCGACGUUUGGAUGUGCACCGCGUCGAUACUGAACCUGUGCGCGAUUUCGCUCGAUCGCUACGUGGCCGUCACGCGUCCCGUCACCUACCCGAGCAUCAUGUCCACCGGGCGGGCCAAGUCGCUCAUCGCCGGGCUGUGGGUGUUGUCCUUUGUGAUCUGCUUUCCGCCGCUGGUCGGGUGGAAGGAGCAGAAAGUGAAAGAGAACCUAUUAUUACCGUAUGGAAAUCACACGCUGGUGUCGGUGACAUUGCCACCACCAGCCACUUCCUCGUCAUCGUAUUCAUCAUCAGCAUCAUCACCAUCGCCAUCAUCGUCGCCGUCGUCUUCGCCAUCAACGUCCUCCACCGCGUCGCCACCGCCAUCGGUGACGACGUUCAGUACCAUCACCACCGCCGCCGCCGACUGGGAACUGGGGAUGGGGCUGAGUUUCGCCGAACCAACCAACCCGCCCUGCCCGUGGACCUGCGAGCUGACAAACGACGCCGGAUACGUCGUCUACUCGGCACUCGGGUCUUUCUACAUCCCGAUGUUCGUGAUGUUGUUCUUCUACUGGCGCAUCUACCGGGCCGCCGAGCGGACCACACGUGCCAUCAAUCAGGGAUUCAGGACCACCAAAGGCAUGGGCACCCGUUUCGAUGACAACCGGUUGACGCUGCGGAUCCACCGGGGCCGCGGUUCGACGGCCAGUGCCCACGGGGCUCCGGGUGCAGCCCUCGGUGGCGUCGGCGGCCAUCACGAGUCACCGCACAGCAACGGAAGCACCCACAGUACCACCACCAGCAUCGGAAGUGCCUCGCCGGAACGGCUGUCGCGGUACACAACCCGCUGCAAGAAUCAUGAAAAGAUCAAAAUUUCCGUGUCCUACCCUUCGACGGAGAACCUCAACCAGGGUUCCUCCGGUGGGGAGGGUAGCAAGCUGCUGUACGCCGUUCACUACUCGUCCAAUGGUGGCAGGGAGCAUAACGCGUCGCACAUCUUCCGAAGGCCUUUCAAGGAAAAGAGCAGCAGCGGUCAGUAUUUGACGGUCGAUGGUCAGGGCCGGAGUCUGCUGUCGCCACGCUCCAGCAAACGGAUGGGAAAGCGGAACAUCAAAGCUCAGGUCAAGCGCUUCCGGAUGGAAACCAAAGCGGCCAAAACGCUGGCCAUCAUCGUGGGCCUGUUCAUCCUGUGUUGGCUUCCGUUUUUCACCAUGUACCUGAUACGGCCCUUCUGCGACAACUGCAUCAACGAUCUGCUGUUUUCGAUCGUCUUCUGGAUCGGGUACUGCAAUUCGGCCAUCAACCCGAUGAUCUACGCCCUCUUCUCCAAGGACUUCCGGUUCGCGUUCAAGCGGUUGAUUUGUCGGUUCUUCUGCUCGGCUGAAGCGAUUCAACGGCCGGCCAGUCGCCGGGGUUCGGACAUGUCGCAGAUCCGGAUGCACGGGGCCCGAACGCCUAGCAUUUCCCCAUCGGCGGCGGCACAGUCCAUUGGGGACGACAGCGAUCCGAUCGGGGAUCUUUCCGACAGCAGAUGACGAUCGUUUGCGCCGAGCCUGAGUUCGAAUUCUAGUCCGGGCGGUACGGGUGUGCGGAGAGGCCGCAGCAACAGUAUUACCAAUGCUUCUUCGGCGGUGACGAGUGGCAUGGCAACGACGUCGACGGCGGUGUCGCCUAUGGCGGAUUCGUCGUCGCCGGGCAGAGUGGUUAGUCGUGUGCCGGUGUACGACAUCUGCCAUCCGCUGGUCAUGGAGAGCCCUGGGUUCGCGGGGUACGGAGGAACAGGAAGCGGGCACGGCAGGGACGACGGCUUAGGAGGCAGAGGGUCGGAAGGUGGGAAGGAAAGUAGUUUGACCGAUACCAGUCUGGCGAGGGCAAAUAUUUGAUCCUUCUGGGGUAGGAGAUUGCUACA